CAUCGAUCAUCUGCUUAAUAUAAAGCGCAUUACCUUCCGUUCAAGAUUCAAUUCAGCCAUUAAACAAAUCACAGAAACUCACCGACAUUCACAUUAUCCUCUUUCCAGUCAACAUCUGGCACCAAGAUGCAGCUUCUUAAAUUUUCAGCCGUUUUAGCCACCGUCGCACAGUUCACCGGCGUGCAGGCCAACUACGAAACCGGCAAAGCGGUUCAAAUCAACUUCUACACGAACACGCAAUGCUCGGCGUACGCUGGCGAGAUGGCCUUUUGGCAAUUUCGCGGCGGAAAACACCCUUAUGCCGGACUCACCUUCUCCAUCAGCGACCCUGACGAUGGAGAAUGCUGGGAUUUCCGACAAGCUGGUGGAACACAAAGCCUGAAUCUUGCCGGCUGCUGGGAUGGAAGCAGCACGCCGCAUCCCUGGUGCUCUUGCUCAUUCUGGGAUGACUGGGGAUGCAAAGGCAAUCAGAAGGGAAUUCAUACGGGUAGUGGUAACUGUCUGCCAGGCAGAAGCUCUGAUGGCUGGCAGUGGAAGAGCGCAAAGUGCUGGGUGGACAGGUAGAGGGCUACGGAAGCGACUUGGAGGCUAUCAGGUGGACGGGUGUUAGGAAGCAAGCCAAUUACUGUCCCUUGGGCCUUGGUGGCAUCAUGAUCUCGAACCGGGUCUCAAGUCAUCCAGACCUGUCGGACCCAACUCCGAGUCAGAGUCAUCGUUCCCAAGGCACCAUGCUCAACCCGAUCCCCAGAAACGGCUAGCCUCCUACCUGUUACAUAGAAAAUACAAGAUUUCCAUCGUCAUCAAGCUGUCUCAAUUAAUUUACCCCGUUGGUGGUGGCUAAAAUAAAAACGGAAACAGAAAAAGAAAAAGAAAAAAAGAAAAGAUAUCUUAAUCAAUUGCUUCCAGGCAGAAUCGAACGGCCGUUUCCAGUGU